AUGUCGGCACUCGCUUUUGCAGUACUUCUUGCUAGCAUCGGGGGCACGUCUGGCAAGACAGUUAGGUCUCCGACUCCUCCGAUGGGAUGGAAUUCCUACAACCACUAUAACUGCAAUCCUUCGGAGGAGAUUAUCAAGAUCAAUGCCAAAGGAUUGGUAGAUCUGGGGUUUCUAGAUUUGGGCUACAGUAUUGUCACUGUCGACUGUGGGUGGCCUUCGAGAGACCGGGACAGCGAGGGAAGACUCCAGUGGAAUGAGACUUUGUUCCCUUCUGGCCCAAAGGCUCUUGGCGACUACAUUCACGACUUAGGAUUGGAGUUUGGGCUUUAUUCUGGAGCGGGAUAUCUUCAAUGUGGAUCCCAGGAUAUCCCUGCGUCCCUUGGAUAUGAGGAAAUUGACGCAAAGUCAUUUGCUGAGUGGGGAGGCGAUACCCUCAAAUACGACAACUGCUAUGCCACGUCCAAGACUGAUAUGGUUGACUCGGACUCUGCCGAAGCAAAGAGCCCAGACCGGUUUAUCAAGAUGGCUGCAGCUAUCAACGAGACUGAUCGUGACAUCAAGUACUUCCUAUGCCAGUGGGGUAUUGGUGAAGACGUCCCGCAAUGGGCCACCAAGGUUGGAAAUUCGUGGAGAAUGAGCAACGACAUCUUCAAUGCAUGGAGAGCAAUCUGGCGCAUCACCAAUCAGGCUGUUGCUCACUCCAAGUACAAUCACCCUGGCGCGUUCGCAGACCUUGAUAUGCUCAUUAGUAUUGGUCUCGGUGCUCUCUCCUACGAAGAAGAGCGUUUCCACUUCGGCUUUUGGUCAAUGAUGAAAUCUCCUCUCAUUAUCGGAGGCGUAAUGGACGCCAAGCAGAUCCCUUCCCACUCUCUCGAAGUCAUGUCCAACAAAGAAGCCAUCGCCAUCAACCAAGACGCUCUAGGUCAAGCAGCAGAGCUAGUCAUUCGAUAUACAGAAGAACAGUGGGAUGUCUGGUCCGGUAACCUGACAUCAAACCGCAAGGUUCUCGGCGUUGCGAACUGGAAGAACGAAACUCAGACUGUUGAAGUUGACCUGUCGCUUAUUGGUGUUGCAAAGGCGAAGGCACGAGAUGUCUGGGCCCAUGAAGACCUUACUAUCUCUGGUACUCAGAAGUUUGAGCUGAAACCUCAUGAGCUGCGACUUCUCGUACUAUCCGAUAUCACUCAGACUCCCAAACCCAAGCAAUGGGGGUAUUAUGCAGCACCUAAAGCGGCACUGGGAGGUUCCGCUUCCCUUGUCGACUGCGGAGCAAACGAAUGUUUACCAGUCAACAAAAAGAUCAAGUCCAUCGGUAAAGAUGCCAAGGCCACGUUCAAGUUUGUCAGCGCUCCCAAGGAUGGCCCAUUAUACGUCGGCGUCGACUACAUCAACCACGAAUACCACCACACGAUUGGUGACUGGGAAACAAACACGCGAAACAUGUCCAUCUCUGUCAAUGGAGAGGAUGCCAAGCGAUGGGCAUUCCCGAACGCUGGUGGCGAUUGGUUCGAGAGUGAUCGUAUGACGAUCCUUCUAGACGGGUUCAAGAAGGGUAAAGAUAACACUGUCACCUUUACUGCUUCUCCUUCUGGAGGUUGGGCGCCUGAUUUAGUUGCCUUUGAGGUUCUGGCAUAG